CAAGACUUGAUUUCAAAUACUGACUCAGGAUACAACAGCGUCCAUGAUGCAGUUACCCCAGCUCUCUCCUUUCCUUCUCCAUCGACCUCAUCCAUUCAAAGCUCGGUGUCCUCGCUCCGAGAACGAUUCAUGUGCACGCAUCCGCUGGCUGCAAAGGCUCGCAAACAACAUGAACAGUCGCGUGACCAUCCUGAUCGGGUCCAUCCAGCAGACAGACAUGUCCUCCCGCCAGAUCCAGAGCAGCUGCCUCUUCAGGAGAAAAUCAAAUUAUAUAUCACCCAGUACCAUAUGCCCGAUAUCCACAAGGCCAUGGUGGAAUCAAUUGCAAGCAAGGCUGAGUCAGGGGCGACUAUUUCCCACUAUGUAGUUCGUUUUCAGAUCGAUCCUAUCCAGCUUCUGCAAUGCUGCUCGAAUCUGGGAAACCAGUUCUUGGGCGAUUUGGAUUCUGUCAUGCCGGGCUUUCAUCUAGUCUGCUGUCAAAUCCUGCAACAGAUACUGGGUGAAGACAAUGUUCUGCUAGGGGAACAAGUGCGCACGACUGUGCGUGUCAAAUAUCUACCGUCCGUCUUUCAAGAAUGCCAUCUACCCUCUAUUGCCUCGACAUUGAGGUGGAGCCGAGAGGACAUUGCAGCCGACAGCAGCGGCUACAGUAGCUUUUUUAUUGUCUCCGGCAAGGUUACAGGAAUCUCCUUGGUAGAGCAUUUCAUAUAUUCGCAAACAUGGCGGUGCGACAAUCCACGCUGCAACAACCAGAAUUAUCUUCAUUACACGCCCUCAGCGCGGGAAUAUCGAGUUAUCAAGCGUACGGAAGAUGACUUAUUCAUGGAAACAGGAACCAACGCAUCUCUGCUUCAGAUCGAUCUUAUCUGUAGUCAUUGCAACUUGGAGAUGGUUGAAUCUGUCCUAGACCGGGUAUAUAUGAAGCAACAAGUGAUAGUGCUGGACUGCACGAGUGCCACCAAGCCCGAAGGAUGCUUUAUCAACCAGAUCACAGCGGUAUUAAAAGAUGAUCUGGCUAAUACUGUGGCGCUUGGGGAGCGUAUUGGACUUCUGGGGCGACUCUCUCGUGUAUUUGCUGGGCAGACGCAGGAAUCGUAUAUCCACGGGGUACAGAUCGAGGUGAACAACAUCUUGCGCGAGUCCGGCCGAAGAUCUCUCGGUCUUCCGCACUCUAUUGCUGAAGUCAUUGGCAAGAACAUGUCUGCAUGGAAUACCAGCCAGGCUAUUAUCGAUAUGCUAGAUGGGGUUACGCCAAGAGAUAUCUAUCGAAAGCUGAAGUUGGCACUCCUGCUAAGUGCCGUAUCUAUUGCAGAGCGUGAUGAUGAUGAGAGCAACAACGCGCAACAAAGAAGACAGCUCCGACCGUUUGUUCAUCUUUUAGUAAUCAAGAAUACCCACGAUACGAUUGUGCCAGCGCUCAUAACCAGCAUCGCAUCCUGCAAAAAGUAAGCGGGGGCCUGGAUUUUGCCAUCGAGAAGAACUGUUGAUACCAGCGACUUACUUGAUUGGUAUUCCGUAGCAACGUGUUCUGGAGUCACGGAGACCCUCUUUACUCUGCUCAACCGCCAAGAAAGUCCCAGCCAGGGAAAAU